AUGUGCCGCGGACACCCCAAGCAUCACCGGUGCGCGCACACCAGCGUCGCCUGGGCCUACUGCCCGUCGGCCUACCUCGACAUGGACACGGGCGCCACCACGCCGUGCGGCAACCCCAUCAUGAACGACUCGCAGCCGACCAAGGCCGCCUGUCCGCUGCAGCACUGCCGCUUCGCCACAAAGAGCGGUGCCGGCCCCGGCCCCGGCGCCGGCUGGGUCUGCUGCCAGUGCCGCCAGGGACCCAACCGCCAGGGCUGGUGCACCCAGCGGCUCACCCCCGGACAGGUCGGCAUCGACCCGCGCGACGACGCGAGCGCCUUGCUGCAGAUGACGUGUGAUCACGGCUGCUGCGAGAGCUGCACAGGACUGGGCUCAGACGGACGAGGCGCCAAACUGGCUGGGCUGUGGACGCCCAAUUAUACCGUGUAUGACUGUGCAAGCUCCCCGUCGAGCUCGUCCGAUGGAGCGAAUACAUGGGUUUCGUCGCCGCCCUCGUCGGACGCGGGCUCGGACCGGCCAAGUACCAAGGGCAGUAGUCGAGCCAAGAAACGCUCCAGCAAGAAGUCGUCAAAGAGGAGUUAG